CGCUUCCUCCCUUUAAAAAUCCUCAUCCUUUUCCCCCUUUUCAUCUUCCUUUCUUUUAACCUAAAACAAAAAAACCCUUUCUAAUUCUUCAAAAUCACAGUAGAAAUGGAUGAGGAUGGAAGAAGGAGAAGUUCUAGAAUCAAAAAGAUAGUUAAGGAAAUUAGAUAUGAUGACCAUGGAGGUGAUAUUGAAGAGGAAGAACCAGUUCUUAAGAAGAAGAGAAUCAGUAUAUCAAACAACGAUGUAAAGGUUUCAAAGAAAGUAACAGAGAAGAAGCAAUCAAUUGAUGAUGGUAAUGAUUUGGGUGAAGUUGUUACUGCUGAUGUUGAACAUGAAGUGAAGAUUGGUGGUGAAAAUGGUAUCGAAUCGGUUGAAAAGGGUGUAAAAUCGGCUGCAAAGCGUCGAAAAUCGGUUGUAAAGAGUAUGAAAUCGGCAGAAAAGAGUUUGGAAUCGGCUGAAAAGGGUACAGAAUCGGAUGAGAGGAGCGAUUAUGCUAAAGUUAGAGCAACUAUCAGGGCUUUUAAUUCGCACUAUCUCCACUUUGUUCAGGAUGAAGAACUCCGAGUUAAGAAUCUCGAAGAAGAAUUGAAAAACAAGAAAGAUGAUGAAAAAGCUGGGAAAAGACCUUCUAAACGCCCGGAUUUGAAGGCAAUUUCCCAGAUGUUAGACGAAAACACCAUUCUAUAUCCUGAUAAAAGACCUGGCCACCUUCCAGGUGUUGAUGUGGGGCACCAGUUCUACUCAAGGGCUGAAAUGUGUGUCGUGGGCUUGCACAACCAUUGGUUAAAUGGAAUUGAUUUUAUGGGUGUUAAAUUCAAAAAAGUGACAGAACUUAAGAACUAUACCUUUCCCGUAGCCAUCUCGAUUGUGUUAUCAGGACAAUAUGAAGAUGAUCUAGAUAAUUCUGAUGAUGUUAUAUAUACUGGUCAAGGGGGUAACGAUUUACUUGGUAAUAAAUCUCAAAUAGCUGACCAAGUAAUGAAACGUGGCAAUCUGGCACUCAAGAAUAAUAUCGGGCAAAAUGUUCCAGUUAGAGUCAUCCGAGGACUGAAAUGUCCUAGUAGCUACUGUGGAAAGGUUUAUACCUACGAUGGACUAUAUAAUGUUGUUGAUUAUUGGGCAGAGAAAGGUGUUUCUGGUUUUACAAUAUACAAGUAUCGUCUCAAGCGCCUUGAGGGGCAGCCAGUUCUGACUACCAACCAGGUUCAAUUUACUAGAGCACAAGCUCCCAAAUGCGCAGAUGAUAUUCGUGGAUUGGUCUGUAAAGACAUUAGUGGGGGCCAAGAAAACAUUCCUAUUCCAGCGACCAAUUUGGUUGAUGACCCACCUGGUCCUCCUACAGGUUUGGCAUAUAUCACCACUGCUCAAGUUUCUGCAAGUGUGAGAAUUCCUACAAAUGCCUUUGGCUGCAAGUGCAAAGGAGCUUGCUUUGAUCCUAGUAUAUGUGCCUGUGCAAAGCUUAAUGGUUCAGAGUUUCCAUAUGUGUCUAAAGAUGGUGGCAGAUUGAUUGAAGCCAAGGAUGUUGUGUAUGAAUGUGGACCACAUUGUGGAUGCGGACCUGAUUGUGUAAACAAGACAUCUCAGCGCGGAUUAAAAUACCGUCUUGAGGUAUAUCGUACCCCCAAAAAAGGAUGGGGAGUAAGAUCGUGGGAUUUUAUUCCCUCCGGCGCUUUCGUAUGUGAAUAUAUUGGAGUUAUCAAGACGACGGACGAGGUACAUGAUCCGGAGAACUUCUUCAUUUUUGACAUCGAUUGCCUUCAGACGAUGAAAGGACUAGAUGGAAGAGAGAGAAGGAAAGGUGAUGUAUCCAUAUCUCCAGGUGCUCUCUCGGACAAAGCAGCAGAUGAAGUUGAUUAUUGUAUUGAUGCUGGAUUGACUGGCAAUGUUACUAGAUAUAUUAAUCACAGCUGCGCUCCCAAUCUGUUCGUCCAGUGUGUAUUAAGUGAGCAUCACGAUAUAAAGCUUGCACGAAUUGUUUUAUUCGCUGCUGAUAACAUACCCCCUCUUCAGGAAUUAUCCUAUGAUUAUGGUUACGCUGUUGACAGCGUGGUGGACAAGGCAGGAAACAUCAAGCACAUGGACUGUUAUUGCGGGGCUCCUGACUGCAAGAAGAGGAUGUUCUAGGUUAUGGGUCCUGUGGAUUCUUUUUGUAGAUAAGGAAGUUGGAACUUCAAUUUUGUUACAUAUUCAAGGAACUGAAACUAACCUUUGAAUCUGAAGAAUGGGAAUUGAGGUGGUUAGACAGAUGGGAGAUGAAGUAUUUCCAUGUCUUGGAUACCAAUCUGCAUUCAAAUGGAACCCUAGAAUAUGUUUUUGGUAUGAUGAUACCUUCAGGACGUACUGUCUCCAGAGAUUUUGAGAAGCUGAAGAAUUUUGAAGUUCCAGGAAGACUCACAAUUUUCUAUUUUUCUUACUGUAAAGUUUUUGAGUCUUCAGUCUGAGUACUACUGAAGUCUAACUUAACAGACAGAAGUGGAGUGUUUGCUUAUCUGACAAUGAGCUUACUGUGGUAAUAUUAUGUCACCUCUUUUUUGGACACCCCUUGAAUUGUAUCUUUUUGUAUCUGAAA